AUUGAUGGAAGGCACUCUGCCUCAGAAAGCCGAACACAAACCGCCUUCUCUGAGCAGUACUCCGAAAAGUUCUUCGUCCCGAAGGCGCCAUGUCUCUUCAACUGCCAGGUCUCGUCGCGCUUUAAUGUCUUCCAUGGAGGCUAAAAGAUCCUCCGCAGAGCAAGGAUCCAUGGAAUCUGCAGAGCUGGAGGGACCAGACCCAGAGUUGCUGGAGACGACGCGGGUGCUGAAGGCGUCAGUUUGUACCGAGAUGAAGUUUAAGUUUGAACACACGAUGUCGAGCGUGCUGCUCUUCAGCAUGAGAGACGAGCCCGAGCCUUAUCCACCGUUCUUGCCUCCUGUCCAGAGACUAGACGCUCAGGAGGUGCCCCCCGAGAGCCUGCAGCUGCUCGCCACCAGCGCCCUCAGGCACAGCUACGUCCUGCAGGGCGUGGCGGGUGGUGUGCUGCAGGAGAGCCACGCCCUGCGUGCGUCAGGAGACCACGACGUCGUGACCUGCUGCUGCAGCGCCCGCCUCACGGGCGACCGCCGCCGCUACCUCCUGCUGGGCACCUACGACCAGACGGUGCUCAUCUACACGGUGUGUGGUGGCGGUGAUGACGAUGGUGACGAAGUGGACGACGAAGGUGGUGACGGCAGAGGCUGGGUGUUGGUGACGCGGCUGAUGGUGGGGGCGCCGGUGCUGAGCGUCGCCCACGAGGACGUCAUGGGCGACGGCGUCAAGCGCCUGCUGGUGCUCACCGCCCAGGGCCUCCAGAUCUUCGCGGUGGGGGCGGAUACGGAAGCCGCAGCGAGUGGCUGUGCUGACCGCCUCGCUGACGAAGCAAAAGCACUCGCAUCUUAA